UACGAUGUUCCGGUAGAUUACAACAGGCUUAAUCGGUAUAUAACCAUAGCCAUUCGGCGCAAUUACUGUGUAGUGGUUACAUUACUGUCGCAGCUUCAAGCUUGAGCUUUCCAAACCAACCGCCCGAAAGGAUGAAGGCCUUUAUCGUUGUGGGCUGCUUAAUAGCAGUGCUUGCCCUAGGGGCCCAAGCAAAACCUUUCGCUUUUGGGCCAGGUAGAUCGGACUGCCCUUCAAAAAUCGUACUCGGCAUGCCGCACUACGUGCCUGAUCCCAAUGAUUGCACUAAGUAUUCCGUGUGCAAUUUUUGGUUCUCAGCUAAAUUCGUAUGCAAGUAUGGAGACCAUUUCAGCGUUACCGAGCAGAGAUGCGUGAGACCGUGGUUGGCAGGAUGCGACCCUGCUUACAAAACCACCAUUUUGCCACCCAUUACCGGAACCCAAAAAUCUUCCAUAGCUACGCCCAUUGAGACUUCAUCGGUGGAGACUGAGGCUACCAAACCAAACGUACUAAUCUGCGUUGAAGCUGCCAAGGUUAUUUCCUCAAAAACUAAAACAUCCUCCGAAAAGACGGAGGUUGCCGAAACAGAUGCACCGACUUCCACCGAAGCUGCUGAGGCUACUUCCGCAGGGACUGAGGCUGCCGAAACAGACGCGCCGACUUCCACCGAAUCUGUUGAGACUACCUCCGUAGAGACUGAAUCUGCCGAAACAAAUGCACCUAGUUCCACCGAAGCUGCUGAGGCUACUUCUGCAGAAACUGAGGCUGCCGAAACAGACGCGCCGACUUCUACCGAAUCUGUUGAGACUACCUCCGUAGAGACUGAACUGCCGAAACAAAUGCACCAGUUCCACCGAAGCUGCUGAGGCUACUUCCGCAGAAACUGAGGCUGCCGAAACAGACGCGCCGACUUCUACCGAAUCUGUUGAGACUACCUCCGUAGAGACUGAAGCUGCCGAAACAAAUGCACCGAGUUCCACCGAAGCUGCUAAGGCACUUCCGCAGGAACUGAGGCGCCGAAACAGACGCGCCGACUUCUACCGAAUCUGUUGAGACUACCUCCGUAGAGACUGAAGCUGCCGAAACAAAGCACCGAGU